AUGGAGUGGAACCCUCAGACUCUCCAAUUCCUAUCGGAAUGCUUCCUCCACACGCUCUCUCCGGCGCCAGAACCUCGCCGUCGCGCGGAGUCCUCCCUCGCCGAGGCCGCCGACCGCCCCAACUACGGCCUGGCGAUCCUCCGCCUGGUCGCCGAGCCCUCCGUCGACGACCAGAUCAGGCAAGCCGCCUCUGUGAACUUCAAGAACCACCUCCGCGCGCGGUGGUCCUCCGAGGCGCCCAUACUCCCCGCGGAGAAGGAGCAGAUAAAGUCCCUGAUCGUUCCACUCAUGCUCUCCGCCACCCCUAAGAUUCAGAGUCAGCUCAGCGAAGCCCUCGCCGUUAUCGGUAAGCACGAUUUCCCCAAGGCGUGGCCCGCGCUACUUCCCGAACUCGUUUCCAAUCUAAAAAACGCGUCGCAGGCCUCCGAUUAUGUCUCCGUUAACGGCAUUCUCGGCACCGCCGAUUCCAUUUUUAACAAAUUCCGUUUCAAUUUCAAAACAAAUGAUCUUCUCCUCGAUUUGAAGUAUUGCCUCGAUAAUUUUGCUGCGCCUUUGCUUGAGGUUUUCCUCAAAACGGCGUCGUUGAUCGACGCCAGUGUCAAUUCCGGCGCGAACCUGCGCCCGCUCUUCCAGUCGCAAAGUCUGUGUUGUAGCAUUUUUUACUCGCUGAAUUUUCAGGAGCUCCCCGAGUUCUUUGAGGAUCACAUGAAGGAGUGGAUGGGUGAGUUUCGGAAAUAUCUCACCACCACUUAUUCUGCUCUCGAGGGAAGUGGUGGGGAUGGUCUGGCUAUUGUUGAUGAGCUUAGGGCUAAGGUUUGUGAGAAUAUUAAUUUGUAUAUGGAAAAGAAUGAGGAGGAAUUUCAGGGUUACUUGAAUGAUUUUGCUCUUGCUGUGUGGACUUUGCUGGGGAAUGUGUCUCAGUCUUCUAGCCGGGAUCAGCUUGCCAUUACCGCUAUCAAGUUUUUGACCACGGUUAGUACUAGUGUUCACCAUAUCUUGUUUGCAAGUGAAGGGGUUGUGCCCCAGAUCUGCCAGGGCAUUGUGAUCCCCAAUGUGAAGUUGAGGGAAGACGAUGAGGAGCUUUUUGAGAUGAACUAUAUUGAGUUCAUUAGAAGGGAUAUGGAAGGUAGUGAUCUUGAUACUAGGAGGAGGAUAGCCUGUGAGCUUCUUAAGGGAAUUGCGACGCAUUAUGGGGAUGUUGUGAGGAACAUUGUCUCUGCGCAGAUACAAAGUUUGUUGAGUUCAUUUGCUGCCAACCCGGUAGAAAAUUGGAAGGACAAGGACUGUGCUAUAUACUUGGUUGUUUCUCUUGCGACCAAGAAGGCUGGAACCAGUUACGUCUCCACUGAGCUUGUUGAUGUUCAGAGCUUUUUUGAAUCUGUUAUUGUCCCUGAGCUGCAAAGUCCCGAUGUGAAUGGUUAUCCUAUGCUUAAGGCAGGUGCGCUCAAGUUUUUUACAAUGUUUCGGAAUCUAAUAUCAAAGCCUGUCGCAUUGAAGUUUUUCCCAGACUUGGUUCGGUUCCUUGCUUCGGAGUCAAAUGUUGUACAUUCUUAUGCUGCAAGUUGCAUUGAGAAACUCUUGUUGGUAAAGGAUGAGGUGGGUGGGCCGCGCUAUAGUUCAGCAGACAUCAAUCCGAUCUUUCCUGUGCUGAUGAACAAUCUUUUCAGUGCCUUAAAGCACCAAGAAUCUGAGGAGAAUCAAUAUGUGAUGAAAUGCAUUAUGAGGGUUCUUGGGGUUGCUGAUCUUUCUGCUGAUGUUGCCCGAGUUUGCAUUGAGGGGUUGACCUUUAUUCUUGGCGAAGUUUGCCAGAAUCCUAAAAAUCCCGUUUUCAAUCAUUAUCUCUUUGAGUCUGUUGCUAUUCUUGUGAAGCGGGGCUGUGAGAAGGGCUUGUCUGUAUCUGUUUUUGAAGCAAGCCUUUUCCCUAAACUGGAAAUAAUUUUGACUAAUGAUGUAACUGAGUUUUUUCCGUACACAUUUCAGUUGCUUGCUCAGCUUGUUGAGUUAAACAGACCACCCAUUCCACCAAUCUACAUGCAGAUAUUUGUGAUUCUUUUGUCACCUGAUUCUUGGAAAAGAUCCCCAAAUGUUCCUGCACUUGUGCGUCUACUCCAGGCCUUCCUUCAAAAAGCACCGAAUGAGAUUAACCAAGGGGAUAGACUGACUAAGGUGCUUGGCAUAUUUGACACACUUAUACAAUCUUCUAGCACAUCUGAUCAAGGAUUUUAUGUACUCAACACCGUUAUUGAGAGUCUUGAGUACGGUGUUAUUAAACCUUAUAUUUCCCAUAUUUGGGCUGCUCUUUUCAGGGAGCUCCAAAGAAGACGAACAGUAAAACUCAUCAAAUCUCUUCUGAUAUUUAUGUCACUUUUUCUUAUUAAACAUGGGUCUUCAAACCUUGUUGAUACCAUGAAUGGUGUGCAACCAGAUAUUUUUAAUGUGAUUUUGAGUCAGUUCUGGAUACCUAAUCUUAAGCUGAUUACGGGAGCUAUUGAGCUUAAGUUGGCUGCUGUUGCCUCAACCAGACUCAUAUGUGAAUCUCCAAUUCUUUUGGAUCCUGCUGCCGCUGAAUCCUGGGGUAAGAUGGUGGACAGCAUUAUCACUCUUCUUUCACGACCAGAACAGGAAAGGGCUGACGAGGAACCUGAUGUGCCAGAUAUUACAGAAAAUGUUGGUUAUACUGCUACAUUUGUUCGUCUAUACAAUUCUGGGAAGAAAGAAGAAGAUCCGCUAAAAGAUAUUAGGGAUCCCAGAGAAUUUUUUGUUGGUUCGUUGUCUCGGCUUUCAACACUUUCCCCUGGAAGAUACCCGAAGGUCAUCAAUGAAAUGGUAGAUCCGGCAAAUCAAGCUGCAUUACUUCAGCUAUGCACCAGCUAUAAUAUCACAAUUGUUUGA